AUUGGAUAUUGAAACGAAAAUUUUUAAAUACUCAAGGUCGCCUUUCCUAUGAUCCCCCAUUAUAACCAACAACUUAUGGCUCAACAUCCUAACUCUGGGAGGGCUAUUAUCUCUGGUCCCCGUCCAUCUGGGCCUGGUAUUCUGCCAUCUAUAGUUAGUCAGGAUGGUAAUCAGGUUAAUCAGCUUGCGAGCAGACGAAUGUUGCCAGCUGAUCCGCGCCUGCAUCAGAUUAUCGGACGUGCGGCUACCGCGAAGCGGAAACGUCGUUUGGCUGAUCGCCUUCUUACAAAGACAGUACGAGAAAUCAUUCCGGAGUCUGAGUCAUAUAUGGAGCUUUUAGAAGUUGAAAAGAAAUUGGAUUUUGUUUUGAUGCGCAAACGUUUAACACUACAGGAAGCAAUGAAAAAGCCUUUCAAGGUGAAGCGCAAAUUAAGAGUCAUGCUCAGCAGCACUUUUAAGCCUGGCUCUACUGUUAUGCCUGUUGGAUCAGAUGCACAAACUACACCUGGUGAUUGUGCACCUGGUUGGGAGCUGAAAGUCGAAGGACAGUUGUUAGAUAAACCUGGUCAACCAAGUAAUAAUGACCCGAAAUGUCGUAGAAAAUUUUCAUCUUUUUUUAAAUCACUUGUAAUCGAAUUGGAUCGUGAACUUUAUGGUCCUGAUAAUCAUCUAGUUGAGUGGCACAGGACAGCUACAACGGCUGAAACUGAUGGAUUUCAGGUAAAACGUAGAGGCGAUAGUAAUGUUCGGUGUACAGUAUUGUUAAUGUUAGACCAUCAACCUCCACAAUACAAGUUAGACUCACGUUUAGCAAGAAUAUUGGCCCUGCAUACUGGUACGCGUUCACAAAUAUUCUAUGCUUUAUGGAACUAUAUAAAAACACAUAGAUUACAAGAUCCCAAUGAAAAGGAUUUCAUCAAUUGCGAUUCAUACUUAGAACAAGUGUUUGGCUGUCCUCGUAUGAGAUUCGCUGACAUACCUAGUCGUUUGGCUCCUUUACAGCAACCGCCUGAUCCUAUAGUGAUUAAUCAUAUUAUCACAGUUGAAGGUGAUGGUAGUCCGAAAACAGCAUGCUAUGAUAUUGAGGUUGAAGUGGACGAUGCAUACAAAAGUAUGGUACAUACUUAUCUAAGUAAUAUGCAUACAAGUCAAGAGCUAUCUGCAAUAGAUAAUAAAAUACACGAAUUAGUUGAACAGAUCAAUCAAAUGAAAGUACAUCGCGAAUUUUACUUGGAAUUCAGCCGUGAUCCACAGACCUUUAUAUCGCGCUGGUUAGCUAGUCAGUGUCGUGACUUUUGGGUGAUGACCGAUGCUACGCCGGGACAUCCGGAAGAAGAGCGUCAUGCUGAAUUCUACAACGCUCACUGGACACAAGAAGCAGUAAUGCGCUACUUUUACAACAGGCAUCAGUUUGUAUGGGUCCUUCUUCUUGAAACAAUAAAUAUGGAGAAUAUUGAAGCCUUUGAUAUUCCAAUUUAUUCUCACAAUUGGAUAAUAGGAUACGGAAUUCCCGUCUGAACUUAGGACAGCAAACUCAAACUUCAUGUAUCUACAAAAGCCAACUUGGUAGUUCGUUUAUGCCUUUCCGAUGAUGUUUUCAUUCCCAUACAAAACGAGUAUUCGUUGAGAUAAGGCUUAACUGCCGCUUUUGUUUCACAGAUUUCCCAAAGACGACAGGACUUGGAACACGCACUGGGUCUUAACAACAAUUGAUGCUAAGGAUUAGCUGUAUUCUUGUGCAUUUUAAACCAAUAUCAAAAGAAAUGUGACCACUAGUUACUGACUUCCAAUAUAUAUUCCGUUAUUUGUUGUAUAUGUUUCUGUACUAAUAUAUUUUAAAGCCUAUAAUAUCUGUUAUACUGUCAAGUGAUAAGGACUUAUCCUUCUUGGGAUAAUUUAUAUAUUUCCUGUAAUUCAGAAGUCUU